GUUGGCAGCAGUUAAAAGAUACAUGCAGUGAAGUACGAGACAUUGUGUUCAACUAAAAUGCAUGUACGUUAAUUAAAAGUUAGAAUUUUUAAGCGGCAUAUGUAUGAACAACUACGACUUCGAUUGACUGCGAUUAGUCCGCAAUUAUGAACGCGAUAUAACCUAGUUUGUUAAUGAACUAAGUUACGGCUCUGUUUAAGUUAGUAAGGUCCGCUCCAUGAAUGCAGUUAAUGGCGAUUUACUACUUAUCCCGAAGCGGCUUUACUGACGAGAUGCGCAUGAUAAUUGUGUGCAUUUAAUCGUGCAGCCCUAUCAAAAAAUACGAUGCAUUUUGUAAAAACCAAACGAAAGUAAUCGAAUGUGAGAUACGUGAUGAUAAUGACUGGGUUUUAAAGUAUGGUAUAGUUUACUCACGAUGUGGCUGAAUCCAGCUCCAUUGGCACGUUUUAAAUUGCAUUCAGUGCGUCGAGAAAUUUCCAGAGUUAGUCGUAGGUAAGUUAAAGUAUUCUGAAUUUCUUCAAAUGUCAAUUUGACAUCUUUUGAUGAAAUUGAGUUUAGAUGUUGUAAUAUAAAUCCUCCCUAAAACAAUCUUUGAACAGCAUUGUGAAACCGUGUAGUAUUUUAAUCUUUUAAUGUCAGACUUUUAUACACGUCGAUUAAACAGUAACUUAACCUGGAAUUGGUUAUGCUAAUUAUUAAUAUAAUGACAAUUACACUACAAUACAGGUGUAUAAUUUAGCAUAUUAGAUUAACAGAUUAAUUAAAACCGCGUGUACAGCUUGAAUUCCUGAAUUAAAACGAAACGAAAUGGAAUAAAAGAAUCGUAUCUUUACAUAUUUUGUGUUCUUUGCUUAGUAAAUAAGGAUUAAAAUGAAACCUUCAAGCUGAUAUGGCAUUAUAUGCAGUGUUCAGAAGAAGUUUGUGUAAAAAUAUUUUGUAAUGUGAAACAUCAUAAAAUGAAUUGUACUUUAAUCUCCAGUUAGCAUUACUGUACAAUACAGUAUUAUGGAAAAUGGGAUUAUAUUUUACUCAGUUUUGCUAAUGAAUUGCAAAGUAAGGUGGAUGGGGAUUGUUUAAAUGUUUAACAUUUAUGUAUUUGCUCAUUUUAACAUGAAUGUAUUUGCUGUGUUUUUGUUCUGUUUAUAUAUGUUAUACCUUUUAAUUGUGAAGCUAGAUGACAAAAUGGACAUAACUACAAGGCGACGCAGGCCAUGGAGACCCCAGAGGAUCAUUACUGUCACAUCUCAGAUGUCAGAAUUGCAUUUACACACAAGUUCAGAAGAGAUGAUUACAGAUGUUCGCACCACUGAGACAUUUACACCGUGUGUCCCUGAAGCAAGUUCACAUCAGAUGAUUACAGAUGUUGCCACAACUGAGACAUUUACACCGUGUGUCCCUGAAGCAAGUUUACAUCAGAUGAUUACAGAUGUUGCCACCACUGAGACAUUUACACUGUGUGUGCCUGAAGCAAGUUCACGACAGUGUCACAAACAUGACUUGGUUCAUGCUACCGUGUCAUGCCUGGACAAAUGCAAAAUAUGCUUGGGAUCAGGGCUGUCUGCUUUCAAGUGGAUAGGUUUCAGUUGUAAAGUUUGUUCUGGUGUAUGGCAUAAGGAUUGUCUCCAGCAGGCAGUGCCUGAGGAUAAACAUAAUUUCAGCUCAGAGGAUAAUCAAUCAGAUGAGGACAUGCAUGAAGAUGACAUGCAUAAAGAUGAUGAUUAUGUACCUGACACUGACUCGGAAUCUGAUUCGGAUAGUCCUGUGGUUGGCUCUAGUGUGUGUGCCUUUACCCAGGAUGUGCAACUUCUUCACACUCACCUGGAAAAGACUUCAGAGUCUGCUUUUGACAAAUUAAAGAAAACAGCAUCUCCCCAAAGUUAUGCUGACCUUGCAAAAUCCACUCUUGCUCGGAUUAUAAUUUUUAAUCGAAGGCGUGCUGGGGAGGUGUCCAAAAUGCGCUUGAAAAACUUCAUUGAAAGAGACAAAAGCCCCCUCCAUGCUGAUGUAUCCUUGGGAUUAACCAAGUUUGAAAAGAAGCUCUGUGAGCACUUUAGCAGGGUGGAAAUCAGGGGCAAACGUGGACGAGAAGUUGCAGUCCUCCUAACACCAUACAUGGUGGAAUCCCUGAAUCUCUUGGUCAGCAAAAGAAUGGAAUGUGGUGUGCCUGAUACCAAUAUCUUUCUCUUUGCUAGACCACAAUGUUCAACUUACUACAGCGGUCAAGUCUGCUUGAGACUUCAUGCAGAAAAGUGUGGAGCAAAAAAAACUGAAUAUCUGCGCUCAACUCAGCUCAGGAAGCAUGUUGCAACCCUUUCCCAAAUUUUAAGCCUCAAAGAGAAUGAGUUGGACCAGGUCGCUGACUUUCUAGGACACGAUAUACGUGUCCACCGUGAACACUACAGACUGCCUGAGGCGACAAUUCGGCUUGCAAAAAUCUCCAAGAUGCUAAUAGCAAUGGACAAAGGUUGUCUUGGAAACAUCCAGGGAAAGUCACUUGAUGAGAUUCAAAUUGAAGAUCAAAUCCAGUUGACUGAUACUGAAGAUGAUGCAGGAGACGAACCAGAGAAGUAGACAGAGAAGUAUCAACAUCACCACAAGAGGCCUGCCAGAAUGAAGUAAUUGAAAGUGUUGAACAUCGUGGGACUGCUGAUAAGAAGAAAAGAAUGUGGUCUAAAGCUGAAGUUGCUACCGUGAUGAGACAUUUUAAAGUCCACAUAGCAAAAGGAAAUUUGGCCACAAAAUCUGAGUGUCUUUAGUGCAAAUCUGCUGAAGAGCCUGUGCUACAAAACUGGUCAGUACAAAACAUACAAUACUUUGUGAGAAACAGAGGUAUAACUGCCAAAAGGAGAAGUCGGUAUGAAAGUGCUGUUAGCACCUAAUCACCAAGCCUUCAGUGUUCAUGAAAUGUAGUUCUAUACAUUUUGAAUUGGUGUUAGUUUCUUUCCAGCCUACUUUUUUUAUCAAGAAUGUUGGAGUUUAUUAUGACGAUUUUACAACUGUUGUUGUAAAGAUUUUUGAAGAUUGUUUAGCCGUUAACUGGUUUUUAUAAUGUUGCAAGUAAAUGUUGCCCCUUGCUGUUA